AUGGUUGCCAUGUUUCAGCAUCUUGUCUUCUUCUUAUGCGUCGCCCUUUUACCUUUACAUUCCUUUUCACAACCUCAAAACAUCGAAACUUUCUUCCCUAUCGACGAACUCUCCCCUCUUCCUCCGCAACGUGUCCCGCCGAUAAACCCGUCUCCGUCUUCUUCUGAUAGAAGCAAAAUCACGAAAGCUGUACUCAUAACAGCAGCAAGUACCGUAAUUCUCGCUGUAGUGUUCUUCUUCUUCCUACAGAAAUACGUCAUCUCGCGGCGGCGACGGAGAGACAACAUAGCCGGCAUCGAAAGCCCCCUACCUACCAUUUCUCCUCCUCCUCCUCCUCCGACGACGACGACGGUGGAGACGGAUGUUUUGGCUCGAGAAGGUUUCACGCGGUUUGAAGGUAACCUAAAAUGUCUGAUCCUCAACGAGAACGGUGUCGAUGUGCUGUACUGGAAAACUCUGCAGAGUCAGAGAAUAAGCAGAAGCUUCCGGAAGGAAAUCCUCACCGGAGAAAACAGUGGUAGUAAUCAAGAGAAAGAAGAGACCAAGUCAAAAAUGGAGCCGGUCACUGAGAUUCCUCUCCUCAGAGGAAGAUCAUCUACUUCUCACAGUAUAUUAUUCCAUAACGAUUCUUCCAAGAUUCCUCCACCGCCAAUUCCGGUGAAGAAAAGUGCACCAGCACCACCACCUCCUCCGCAGGUGAAAAAGGCGGCGGAUUUAUCAUCAUCCUCAUCAAAACCAUCGCCGGCGCCGAGAGGAGAGAGUUCGAGAAUUGGUCAAGUGAAGCUAAAGCCUCUACAUUGGGAUAAAGUAAACCCUGACUCAGACCAUUCCAUGGUUUGGGACAAGAUCGAUCGUGGCUCAUUCAGUUUGGACGGGGAUCUAAUGGAAGCUCUGUUCGGUUACGUCGCUGUCGGAAAUAAAUCCCCAAAACACGACAACUCUAAACCAAACUCGCCUACACAAAUCUUCAUCCUUGAUCCAAGAAAAUCUCAGAACUCAGCGAUCGUGCUCAAGUCCCUAGGCAUGACACUCGAGGAGCUCGUGGAAGCGCUCGUUGAAGGACACGACUUAGAGGCAGAUACACUCGAGAGGCUAGCGAGAAUAGCUCCGACGAAAGAAGAACAAACAGCGAUUCUUGGAUUCGACGAUGACGUCGCGAAACUCGCUGAAGCUGAAUCGUUCUUGUUUCAUAUCCUCAAAGCGGUUCCAACCGCGUUUACACGGUUAAACGUGUUUCUAUUUAAGGUUAAUUACUAUCCAGAGAUUGUUCAUCAUAGCGAAUCGCUCCAGACGCUGGAAUUAGCGUGUAAAGAGCUGAGAUCUCGCGGUUUGUUUGUGAAGCUUUUGGAGGCUAUUCUUAAAGCUGGUAAUAGGAUGAACGCAGGGACGGCUAGAGGAAACGCUCAGGCGUUUAAUCUAACCGCGCUUUUGAAACUUGCUGACGUUAAAAGCGUUGAUGGGAAGACUACUCUGCUUAACUUUGUGGUGGAGGAAGUGGUUAGGUCGGAAGGUAAACGCUGCGUUUUGAUCAGAAGAAGCAAUAGCAUUAGUAGUAGUAACACUCCUCAAGCAGCAAUGUCUAAAGAAGAGCAAGAGAAAGAGUUCUUGAAGCUUGGUUUACCUAUAGUUGGAGGCCUAAGCUCUGAGUUUACAAACGUGAAGAAAGCAGCAAGUGUGGACUACGACACGGUUGUUGCGACUUGCUCGGCUCUUGAGGUUAGAGCCAAAGACGCGAGGAAGGUGAUCGCAGAAUGUGAAGGAGGGAGGUUUGUAGAGAAGAUGAUGACGUUUUUUGAUUCAGUAGAGGAAGAAGUGAAAAUGGCGAGAGAAGAAGAGAGGAGAGUAAUGGAGUUUGUGAAGCGGACAACGGAGUAUUAUCAAGCAGGUGGUAGUGUAAAGGGGAAAGAUCCACUUCAUUUAUUUGGUAUUGUGAGAGAGUUUCUUGGCAUGGUUGAUAAAGUAUGCUUAGAUGUUAUGAGGAAUCUGCAAAGGAGGAAGAUAGAGAGUUUGGGGUCGCCUUCUUUGAGGAGGACAGGCGUGAAGUUCCCGGUUUUGCCUCCAAACUUCAUGUCGGAUAGGUCUAGGAGUGACUCGGGUGAAUCGGAUUCUGAUAUGUGA